CCCUAUUGAUUAUAUAUACAAGUAUACACAUAUAUAUCACUCAAAAUCCAAUCACAGACCACUUGUUCGUCAAGAAGGAAAAUCUAAUCCCUACUGGUUAAUGGAGAAAGGAAAGAAAUUAGCAGUUCUAGUGGGAUGCAAUUAUCCAAACACCCCAAAUGAGUUGCAUGGAUGCCAUAACGAUGUUCGAGCGAGUCUAGAUGUGCUUGUAAGACGGUUCGGAUUUGACCUGGCCAACGUUCAACUUUUGACAGAUGAAGAUGGAAGUUCAGUGAUGCCUACUGGUGCCAACAUCAUGAAGGCAUUGGAUCAAAUGGUGGAUAAAGCCGAGCCCGGUGAUAUCCUAUUCUUCCAAUAUUCGGGCCAUGGAACAUUGAUAAAUUCGAGCAAUUCUUUCAAAAAAGAGGAAGCCAUUGUUCCUUGUGAUUUCAAUCUUAUAACUAGUGAGGACUUUAGGCAUCUAGUAAAUCGCCUGCCGAAAGGGACAAGUUUCAUAAUCCUAUCUGAUUCUUGUCACAGCGGGGGUUUGAUUGACAAAGAAAAAGAGCAAAUCGGGCCUUCAAGAAGCUCGAAUACUGAAGCCGAUAUUCCCACCAUGCAAAAGCCUAAGUUCAUACCAUUUCAAUCAAUAAUCCAACAUCUAUCAUCCUUAACAAACAUAAACACACCAGACAUUGGCACACACUUGCUGGAGAUUUUUGGACCGGUUGCUAGCCUUAUGUUUCGACUGCCUCGACCCAACCCUGACCUCGAGCCUGACUUCAGCACCAAGCCAGUAAAGCCAGAUGAAGGAAUUUUACUUAGUGGGUGCCAAACAGAUGAAACUUCUGCAGAUGUGCAAAUAAUGGAGAAUGGAGGAAAAGCUUGUGGGGCAUUUAGUAAUGCAGUACAAAUGGUUUUGAAGGAGAAUUCAGAGCCUUUGAGUAAUAAACAGCUUGUGACCAUGGCUAGGAAGAUUUUAAAAAUGCAGGGUUUUAAACAGCAUCCUUGUCUAUACUGCAGUGAUUAUAAUGCUGAUGCAAUAUUCUUGUGCCAAGCUGAGAAUGGAUCUACGUGAAAUGUUGAACUGGACAAGAUUGAACAUGGAAACUGACAAGUUAUAUGA